CCAAACACGGUGACGCACUUCCUGUUUCUCUUAGGUAACCCAACAGGCAAUACAUGGCGGUGUGACUGUUGGCCUCGUGAAGAAACAAUAUUAUAUGCCGUAUUUCUCCGUGUACUUUCAUUCUAUCCGAACGGAACUGCAGCCUAAGGGAGAGAUCAAUGGUGGACUCUUCUUGUGGAGAAAUGGCCGAAGUGUAUGUCCGAGUGGCAGAGGAGGAAAACGAGGAGCCUAUGGAGAUCCCGUCCGAGGAUGACGGCACUGUCUUGCUGUCAACGGUCGCGGCUCAGUUCCCCGGAGCGUGCGGCCUGCGCUUCAGGAGCCCCGUGUCUCAGUGCAUGCGGGGAGUGCGGCUCGUGGAGGGGGUCCUGCACGCCCCGGAGAACGGAUGGGGGAAUAUCGUCUAUGUCGUCAACUACCCAAAAGAUAACAAAAGAAAAAUGGAUGAAAUUGACGCCUCCUCGGCGGUGAAAAUGAAACGAGGCGACAUGAAGACGUCAGAUCUGAUUGUGCUCGGCCUUCCUUGGAAGACCACAGAGCAGGACCUGAAGGACUACUUCAGUACUUUUGGGGAGGUCAUCAUGGUGCAGGUCAAACGGGACACCAAUACGGGAAACUCCAAAGGGUUCGGCUUUGUGAGGUUCACGGAGUAUGAAUCCCAGGAAAAAGUCAUCUCCCAGCGCCACAUGAUCGACGGCAGAUGGUGCGACUGCAAGCUCCCUAACUCCAAGGUGAAUAUGGUAAUGCCCUCGCAGACACCACACGCCACCACAAUCCACGCCACCCGACGGGUGCCUCGUGGUUUGCGUGACCCGCGUGCCAUCCUGUGCCCGCAGCAAGGUCCAGACGAGCCGCUGAGGAGCCGCAAAGUCUUUGUGGGACGUUGCACGGAGGACAUGACCACCGAUGAACUGAGGCAGUUCUUCAUGCAGUAUGGAGAAGUCACUGAUGUCUUCAUCCCGAAGCCCUUCCGUGCUUUUGCCUUUGUCACCUUUGCAGACGAUCAGGUCGCUCAGUCUCUGUGUGGCGAGGAUCUCAUCAUCAAAGGCGUCAGCGUCCACAUCUCAAACGCCGAGCCCAAACACGGCAACAGGCAGUUUGACCGCACGGCACGGUUCGGCAACGGUUUCGGCGCCCAGGCGUUCGGGGGCAGCCGCAGCGGCUUGGGGAGCAGCACCAACAGCAACCUGGCCAAUUUCGGCUCGUUCAGCCUGAACCCGGCCAUGAUGGCGGCGGCGCAGGCGGCCCUGCAGAGCAGCUGGGGGAUGAUGGGAAUGCUGGCCAGCCAGCAGCAGUCGUCCACCUCGGGCAGCUCGUCCAGCGGCGGCAGCUCCAACCGAGACCAGGGCCAGUCUUUCAACGCCGGGAACAGCAACUACGGCGCCAGCUCGGCCGGCCUGGGUUGGGGGACGGGCUCCAACUCCACCAGCAGCGGGAGUGGGUUUAGCUCAGGGUUUGGGUCCAGUAUGGAGUCAAAGUCGUCUGGGUGGGGUAUGUAAGCUAAGCGUGUCCGCGUGGUAAGUAUUGUGACAAGGAUGAGUCUUUUCAAACAUUUCUUUCUGGUGUAAAAACACUUUUGUGGCAGACGUUUUGUAGAUUUGGAGGAAAAGCUAAAGUUUUAAUUUCGAGUGUUGACGUGAGUCGUUUACCAGGAAGUGCUAUUUUUCAUGUCUAGUUUGUAUCCAUUUCAACUGGAUUCUCUAAUGCAUGCAUUGUGCAUGAAUGUUUGUGCUUCACCAUUGAUCCGACUUUGUCGUCAUCUUAAGGCAAUCUUGCAUUGGGGAGAAUCUGGUUGAAACGUCAAAUGUUUUUAAGUCCCAACUUUAUUUGCAGUCCAGUGGAAAAGAAAAGCCUUCAUUGAAAUCUCUUCUGCAGUUGACUCCCACCUUCCGUUUCCCUGCGAGGAAGCUCCAAUAUGGCAGCAUUGUCGGGGCCGUAUCGGUAUCACUCUCUUCCCACCUGUAAAUGCUAUGCCAUCAAACAACGGCUUCACUCCGCAUGUUCUCACAAGACGGUGGGUGUUUUCACUUUUCUCCGCUGAGCAAGUGACAUUUUUUUAGGAACUGAUGAGUGCGGUUGCGGGUGGCUUGUGGCGAAGCGAUGAGUGAGCGAGCGGGCUGAGAGGCGCGUGGAGCCGACUGCUUGUGAACGUGAACGAGCCCAAAUUCUGACUGCUUUCUGAGUGUGUGAGUGGAAGCUGCGGAUGCUACGAGCGCCUCCCCCCCUAACACGGACAUCCUUUAAUUAGUACUUCAAGACUUUUUUUUUUUUUUUAAAUCUUGGCAAGAUUCCCCCUUAUUCUUAACGUGUGGACAAACUAUGGAAAUGUAUGAUGGAAUGUUGUGAUCUUUGUAACGCUUGUAUUAUCUGAUUUGAAUGCUGUAUGGUGUGUGCCGUUUCUUGUUCCUGACCUGUAAGUGUGUACUUGAUGUGGAUGACACCGACUGAAGACUCUAGGCGGGUGGGGGGGACACGAGUGCUGGUGUGAGAACGUGGAGUGGUAUGUCCAACGUCCCCCUUCCCCCUGUAGCUCUCGAUGUUUGUGAGGUGUUGGAAAAAAUGUCAAAUGAAGGGAGUUGUCGAAUAAAGUUCAUUUGAAUAGAUGCUUAGUUGAUUGAGUCGCUUUGCGGAAUAAAACAUCUAAUUCGAUUCACGUAUCUAGGGACCUUGGGGGGACCUUGGGCUCUGCUGGUCGAGGUCUCCAUUUGAUCCCAGGCUGAAGGACGAAGACGCAACAUCCAACACAUUGAGUGUGUGACCUUCUCAGAGAGACAUGGUAGUACUUGUCUUUUUCAUGCUUCUCUUAGCUGCUCUUUCCUCUGCUUGUAAGAGGCGUGUUUGUAUUUUCAUGAAAGGCUUUGAUGAUGUUUGCGUGCUGCUGAUUGGACGACUGCCUGGCCAAUUCUUGGACUAGUCACCGCUGGUCUUUGCUUUUCUAAAAAGCUAUUUUAUAUCUCUAGGUCCUCUCAGGUCUAUGACAGGUUUAAUGUACAGGAGGUGAAGGUGUAUAGGAUGAUGUGGACUAAAUGUUGCUUUGUUGAUGUCUUGUUUAUUCCAAAUGGCCGGGGAAGCGUGUGAGGGCAAGGAAAGACUUGCCCGUUUUUUAUUCCCUGUUCUCCUCAGUGACUCUGCUCUUCCUCUUCCCGGGAUUCUUCUUUUUCAAGUCCCUCUGCUCUUGUUCCAGUUCUUCACUCUUAUUCUGUAUGUAGACUGACUGAAAUAAAAGAGAAUCAAACA